UCCUCCCCUCCCACCACCACAUCUAAUUGUUCUACACCUAUCAAGCUUAUUCUCAUCGAAAAUGUCCAUCAUUCCAACCUUCUUUGGUGGCCGUCGAACCAACGUCUUUGAUCCCUUCGCCUUCGACAUAUGGGACCCUUUCGAUCACAUCCUCAACAUUCCAUCUGGGUCCCGCGAAACCUCAGCUUUCGUGAAUGCCCAGAUUGAUUGGAAGGAGACCCCAGAAGCUCAUGUAUUCAAGGCUGAUCUUCCAGGGGUGAAGAAAGAAGAGGUGAAGGUGGAGUUGCAAGAAGGUAGGAUUUUAGAGAUCAGUGGAGAGAGGAGCAGGGAGAAAGAGGAGAAGAAUGGCAAGUGGCACCGCUUGGAGAGGAGCUCUGGCAAGUUUCUCAGGCGGUUCAGGUUGCCGGAUAAUGCAAAGGUUGACCAGGUCAAUGCUAGGAUGGAGAACGGGGUGCUGACAGUGACCGUGCCUAAGCAGGAGGUCAAGAAGCCGGAGGUGAAGACUAUUCAUAUCUCUAACUAGUGCCCCCUUAUCCUAUUUGGAAUAAAAGAAAAUGUGUGACCAUGUGUCGAUGUGCAACAUGCAACUCCAUGCAAAUCUGUUUGCGAAAUUAUAUAUGUAACUUGUUUGUCAAGUAAUAAUAAAAAUUGUGUGCCCAUUCAUGCU